UGAGCAUCGUGCAGAGGAGAGCACCGCAGACCCCCAGCUCCAGCCCCGCUCGCAGAUCCCUCAGCCUCGCAGCAUCAUGAAGGUCUCCGCAGCUGCCCUGAUUGCUCUUCUCCUCGUGGCCUCCUGCUCCCCGUCUGAGGCCCAUCUCGACGGUGUCCCCACCACCUGCUGCUUCAGCUACCAGCAACGCCCCGUCCCACGGGGCCUCAUCGCCUCCACCUACAUCACCAGCAGCAGCUGCACCCAACCAGGGGUGAUCCUGGUCACCAAGAAGAAGAAGGAGCUGUGCGCUGACCCUCAGGCGCUCUGGGUGCAGGCGCUUCUGAAGCACUUUCAGCCUCUAAAGAACUGACACUUCUCUGCUGCCAAGCACGAUGUCCCCAGUGCUACCCCCAGCAGGCUUGGCUUCCAGCCCAAGGCAUGCAAGAGAGAACUUGAACUGUAGCCUUCUGCAACAGGAAAAUUUAUUCUAUUUAACUUAUUUAAGUAAAAUUAAGUAUUUUUGCUAAGAAAAGGAAAAAUAUAAAAAUAAUUUAAACUAUAUCAAAAUAAUAAUUUAAACCAAUGUAAUUUAAACUUUAUUAAUGUGCCUGUUAAUGAAGAGUCAGGAGUCUUGAUGCCUAAAUAAAGUGAU